UUGCCCGGCGGACGCCGAGCGGAGCGGAGCCGCCCGCGCCCAGCGCCGCCGGUGUGCCCUUUUCCUCCCUGACUUUGCAGCCUCGGUCCUCUUAACUCGCUCCGAGUCACCGGCGAGGGGGGGAGGAGCAGGAGGGCUGCUGUUUGCCUUGAGAGCAGAAAAAUGGCAGUCGAGUUCCUCGCCCACGAGAGGAUCUGGUUCGAGAAGUUCAAGUAUGACGACGCCGAGCGGAGGUACUACGAGCAGAUGAACGGGCCGCUGGGCGGCUCCUCGCAGCAGCAGGAGAACGGAGCCAGCACGAUCCUACGCGACAUUGCCAGAGCCAGGGAGAAUAUCCAGAAAUCGCUGGCCGGAAGCGCAAGCACCACCUCCUCUGGGCCCGCUGACCAAAAUGAACUUCUUUCCAGGAUUUCUCACCUGGAGGUGGAAAACCAAAACCUUCGCAGUGUUGUUGCAGAUCUUCAGAUGGCCAUCUUCAAGUUGGAAAGCCGCCUGAAUGCUCUGGAAAAAUCUACCUCCCACCAGCCCUCCCCAGUUCCACCGACCCAGAAAGUGGAGCCAUUCAGCGUUCCCUCCAAGAAAGUGGAGCUGCCAUCUGCUGCACCUGCAAAGAAAGCUGAGCCAGCUGCUGCGGAGGAAGAUGAUGAUGAUGACGACAUUGACCUUUUUGGCAGUGAUGAUGAAGAGGAAGACCAGGAGGCUGCCAAGGUCCGGGAAGAGAGACUGCGUCAGUACGCAGAGAAGAAGGCCAAGAAACCAGGCCUUAUUGCCAAGUCCUCCAUCCUUCUGGACGUGAAGCCGUGGGAUGAUGAGACUGACAUGGCGAAGAUGGAGGAGUGCGUCCGGUCCGUCCAGAUGGAUGGGCUCGUGUGGGGAGCCUCCAAGCUGGUCCCGGUAGGCUACGGUAUUAAGAAGCUCCAAAUCCAGUGCGUAGUGGAGGAUGACAAAGUCGGGACAGACAUCCUGGAGGAGGAGAUCACCAAGUUUGAAGACUACGUGCAGAGUGUGGACAUCGCUGCUUUCAACAAGAUCUAGAAGCAAACCUGUAUCCUCUCUGAAACUGUAACUAAUAAAGAUCAAGGAAUGCA